UCAACUCAGGUUGGACUGGUCGCCGGUUUUUUGGACCACCAGUCUCCGCAAAGUAGUUCAACCACCGCGGAUUAUUUCGUGGAUCAAAAGAAACCUUGGAUCAGUCGCUUUUGUUUUUCCCCUACACCUACUACUCACGGCAGUAGUUCUCACCCUCAAAAUCAUCCGGCAUGGGCAGCCCAGAUGCCAGUCAACCAAGCCCUACAUGGUUGGUUGUCCAACUCUGAGUCCAGUCUGUGGUUUGGAGGACACGUUCAAUUUCACAGGGUCGCCGCAAUCGGCCAAAAGUACUUUUACGUCAUACUCACCGAAGAUGAUGUCGUCUCGGCAUCUGUCCCAACAGAUUCUCAGUCCAUUUUCAGAACCGUGCGCGUUACACGGAUUGCACGUUUGUGUCAGAAUGACCCGGGACAGGGGAAAGCUGGCGAAUUUCUUGCAACCAACGGUGUUUUUUCCACGUUCCGAAAAAUUCGUCUUCAGUGCCGUGUGGACCACAGUCUCGUCGGGGUGUCCGCGGAUGACAACAAAAGUUUCGUGGCAGAUCAUAGUCCCCAACUUGAGUUGACCAGAGCAUUGGCUGUUAGUGAGCUAGUUCCUACAGACGAUGGAAGGGAUCACGUUUUUUACGCCUUAAUGACCACCUCGGACUCCAUCACGGGAAUAUUGGGUAUCUGCGCAUUCAGCUUACGGAGCAUCGACGAGGCACUAAAUCGCCCACAGGUUUUUACCUGGCAAACAUCGGACUCUGACAAUUGGUUGCAACGAUUCUGGCGGACUGUGCUGCCCCUGACUGGUUGGUCAUCGUCGAGUGAAGAUGACUUCACUUACGGCACUUGGUCUGCAUAUCCCACGCCCGGAAGUUCAACCCUAAGGAUGGUAGGUAACACUCCGAUGACCGAAGCAAUCUCGAAAUCCGCAGAGGUAAGUGCAACGUUUGGAUUUCCAAUUCUUUCUUUUGAGAGUCCCAAGUGU